AUGAGCUGUUCGGUGAAGAUCUCUUGCGGCAAGGGCUGGGGUGGCUCGCAGCGUAAGAUCGGCUCCCUCGCGGAGGAAGCGAGCUCCCCUGGAUCCUCGAUCACCUGCACCGGUGGCCUCCAGGCGGUCCAGCCGAGCGCGACGAGCACGACCAACAACACCACUACCACCACCACCACCACCACCACUACCGUCACCGUAGCCUCCAGCAACCCUGUCGUCGUCACCACCAGCACCGUCACCACCGCUUCUACCGCUACUACAGUCGCCGCGAGCGUAAACGUCAUCGCGGCCGGUAAUCAGAAGGUGGUCCCACCACGCCCCGUCAAGUCGAUCGCCGCGAAGAAAGGGGAGGACAUUACAAAGCUGUUCAAGUACAUCGAGGAUAACGUCAUCGGCAAGAACAGCACGUUCUUCGGGCCAUUCGGCCGCAGGAAAGUGGUUUAUUGCGACUAUACCGCCUCGGGAAGGUCACUACAGUUCCUCGAAGAUUACAUCGCCAAGGAGGUGCUGCCAUGUUUGGGCGACACUCGAGCAUCCACGUCCAUCUGCAGUCUACAGUCCUCUCUUUUUAGAUAUGAGGCCAGAGACAUCGUCAGACACGCAGUCGGGGCUAGCGAGCAGGAUGCAGUCUUGUUCACCGGUCAAGGCACCGCCGCUGCCCUUCGCACACUUUUACGGCAUCUCGAUCUUUCCAAGUCCACCGUAGUCUUCGUAGGUCCGUUCGAGCAUCAUGCCAACCUGAGGCCUUGGCGCGAGCUCGAUGUCAAGAUAGUACGAGUUUCCGAGACCCGGGAGGGCUUCUUGGAUCUGAAUGAUCUCGAACGGGGCCUCGCAAGAAUGCGGAGCGAGGGCGUUGCGCAAAUGAUCGGAUGCUUCAGCGCUGCCAGUUGUAUAACGGGGGUUUUGGCAGAUGACGUCGCGACGACCCUCCUGCUGCAUCAAUAUGGCGCACUUAGCGUGUGGGAUUAUACCACCGCAGCUCCGUACGUCCCAAUCGACAUGAAUCCGCAUCUACCCGGAGUCGAAGAGACCGCGGUACACAAGGACGCGAUUAUCUUCGCGGGCCACAAAUUCAUUGGCGGCGUGCAAUCGCCCGGUAUAUUGGUGACCAAACGAUGGCUCCUGCGGGAGGACGUUGAGCCGGAGGACAUGAGGGACUCCCAUUACUAUCACCGUGAUCCUGAGUUGCGGGGCGAGAGCGGAACCGCUGGUGUAGUCGAGAGCAUCCGAUGUGGAUUGGCGGUCCAACUGAAGGAGAACGUCACGCCGAGGGCGAUCGUCACGCGGCAAGACAAGAUCUCUCGGCAAGUCUUGGCCCACGUGCGCACGAUUCCGGAAUUGAUCCUACUCGGCAAUUCCUCGCACAACGUGAAACGACUACCCAUCUUUUCGUUUAUGGUGCGCCAUCCUCGCGGCACGUUCCUUCACCAUAACUUUGUCUGCGCUGUUUUGAAUGACGUCUUUGGUAUCCAGGCACGAGGAGGAUGCGCGUGCACGGGUCGUUACGCCCAUCAUCUAAUGGGGAUCGACCGUGAACUCGCCAAGGAAUACGAAAGCAUCCUCUUGGAAAGACAACAGAACGGCAUCGAGGAGACCAUCGCGGAAAGUCUCAGACCGGGUUUUGCUAGACUGUCUUUUCCUUACUUUAUGAACGAGACGGAAAUUGCCUUUGUACUGGAAGCUCUUAAGAUGGUAGCCACUGAAGGCUGGAAGCUGUUGCCACAAUACGUACUGAAUCCUGAUACUGGUGAAUGGCGACAUCACACCAACAGCGUUUUCAAGGAACGUAAGUGGCUAGGUUCGAUCAGAUAUACGGACGGAAGAAUGAAUGCCACGGAGAGACGAGCUUCCGGCGCCGGCGUCUUCCCACAGAACUACGGUGACUGCCUGCAGACUGCCCGAAACAUCUUCAAUCGUGCUCGCAAAAUGGCACAGCGAUAUCCGUUGCAGAUCGACAAGAGUUUCAACUUUAUGUGCGAGCGUAUGGAAGCAUUGCGCUGGUUCAUACUGCCAAGCGAGGCACAGGAUCUACUUUUGGGUAACUCGCAGAACGUCAAACAGGACGUGCCAUUCAAUCCCUUGCUGGCCUGGAAUAAGUACAAUACGAGCACCGUCACCACCAGUCACGAUAGUCUAGUAAACUGCCUGACGCUGACGAAUGGCAUGAGACGACUGAAUAGCGACAUUCCGCGUACAGGCAACGCACCCAUCUCGACGACCUCACCGAGGCAUCGAAGCCUACCGGCGUUAAGCACGGUUCAGCGAACUUUGAUGGCGACCUCGGCGGAACGAAACCAACCAUCGUCAUCAAGCAACAGCGAGGAGGAGAGUCCAAAUCAAAAUGAACAGUUCUCUGGACACCGAUCACCCGCCACAUGUCCAAACUCACCAAUGCCGGUUAGAUUCAUGGUGGGCGAGGCCGUCACUACCUCGGUCCUGGGAUCUACAUCUCGCACGACCGUUCGAACGACGAAAGAACAGAGGGAACUAAUGGAGGCAACCAAUGCUGGGCGAGCGAGAUGCAAUUCUCUGGGUAGCACCACCGAUGGAUGUAACAUACAGGGAAAUCGCACUGGUGCCGCAACGGCGUCCUCGCCGAUCCCGCCACUUCCACUGAGCCCACAAACUCUGACCAGCUUGGGCCUGAGCACGUCGAACGGUUCGUCGAAACAUAGACGUCUUCACUGCAGCUGUAGUAGUCAAACGGAGUUAAACUCUUUAGAAUUGGAUUCUGCCGCCAGUCCGAGUCACUCGAUCUCUUCCCUGAAUUAUAAUCAUAAUCCUGCAUCACCGCCGUCUUCAUACUCAUCGACCAGCGAUUACACCGAGAGGUUGAUAGGUGGUGGCAGAUCUUCGCCUAUUUCGACGAAUAUGGGUCAGGAUGAUCUGAGCGCGUAUGUGAAAGAAAUGACCAAGGAAUUAGCGACUGAAAUCAAAUCGGAGAUCCGCGAAGUGAUUUCCAAAGUAGAUGACGCUUUGUCGGAAACAAACACAUCUGAGAACACGCCACAGCAUCACUCACGGGCUCAGAGUAUAGUUAAUCAAACAUGCGUGGAGGAUAAACAGUCGAGGCAUGACUCGUUCACGGCUAGUGACAUCGCCGAAUACUUAAUGGAAUUCUCGAAGGAAAUGGCGAGCGAAGUGAAAUCUGAGAUAAGAUGCAUGGUGAACGCCGUUGACGGACUUCACAGGUACUCGCCCGAUGCAUCCACUUCGGACGUUUCUUCGAACGGAUGUGGUUCGCCCGAUCGUGGAAGAAUCGUGCUUCCCUCGUCGGCGUCUCCGCGUCUUUCGAGCUCUAGAAAAAGUGGACCGAUCGAGAUCACCAGUAAGGUUGGCGAGUUGUCACAACAAGAGAGCAAAAUGUCCAGCGAGUGCUCCUCGGACGAGACGGUGAUUUACGUGAUGAAGCCGUCCGAAACCGAGCAGAUAGUGCGUACUCGUUCGAAGACUGAGGAUGAGGAGGUGGAGAAUGACGUGGAUGACUAUGUGGAUGAUGAUUCACAGGAAGGACGUGGCGGCCUCGACAUCGGUGACGCUCGGAAGGUCUUGCCAAAGAUUUAUUCGGCCGUGAAUUCGGUCAGCUCCCAGGACAGUGGCAUAAAUAUGUCCUUUCAAGAGAGCGACAAAUCGAUAGACUCGUUGGAUCUGAAACGAAGUAGCAGCGCCGAAUCCAACUCCGCUCACAGCCACGGGCGAAAACCCAGAACAUCAUCGAUGAUGAGUUUGUCGACUAAGUGCGGCGGUAAACAGCAAGCGCGUCAAAACGACAAUCUUUCGGAAGACGAGGAAUGCACAGGCGAUCUGCGAGAGGAGGAGGGCGACGGUCAGGAAAAUAAUUUUGACGACAACGAGUCUAGACUUGAAUUCCCACGAACUCAAUGGCACUGCCCGCCGAAGAAUAUGUGGAAACCUUCGGUGGAAGCUAUGCAAGAAUUCGAUAUGAUUCGGGACAAUGAUAAGGUCUUAGUCUGUCUGUCAGCAAUCGGCAAAGACUCGCUUUCUCUUCUACAUACUCUACAUCAGUACAGAUUUUACGUUAGAUCGAAAGGAAUCGAUUUUGAGAUCGGUGCGGCCACAAUUGACACUGGUGGCUCCGAUCCCAUGGAAUUAAUGAGUUAUCUGAAGACUCUGGAGAUUCCCUACUUUUAUGAGGAACAGGUGACGGACUCAAACAGCGUCAACGUCGACAAUCCAUUGGACGCUAGCAUUGCCAGCGGGACCUGCAGUUUCUGCGACAAAUCGGUCAGGACACAAUUGUACUCUUUGGCGAAACGGAACGGAUAUAACGUACUAGCGCUCGGUCAACAUUUAGAUGAUCUCACGGAAAGCUUUCUUAUCUCGGUACUUCACGGUGGCGUGUUGAAAACUAUGAAAGCACACUACUACAUACGUCGGGAGGAUCUCAGGGUUAUUAGACCAUUUAUCUACGUGCGAGAGAAGGCAUUGAGACAAUUCACCGAGAGCAAGAAGCUGCCUAUCUCGCGAGAUUCGCAAACUCUGUCUGAGAAACAAAAUAGAAGGAAGGAGUUGAUGCUCCAACAGGAACGCGCGUAUCCGCGACUACACUGGUCCGUGCGCACAGCUCUACGGCCCUUGAUAACUGCCCAUGGACAAAUUACUACCUUUGAUUUGACCUGCAGCGGCACCGGCGGCAAUAGUCCAAGUGGCAGCACCAGCAGUAGCAUAAGCAGUACUUGUAGCAGCAACAGUGGCGGCAACAGCACCAGUAGUCAACAGAAACGACACCGGCGGACCAAGACAAAUCCCUCGGCGAACACUGCUUCAUCCCAACAAACUGACGAGAAUGAUGACACCGACGAGGAGCCGGUACUUUGAGGAGGACCUAUCGCGAGAUGGGAUCCCGAUUGUCCUGCGGUCCCAUCUUCGCGUCUUCGUCGCCGGCAUCCGAUGUCGACAUUCGCUCUCGUUAGACGAAGACGAUUGCGCUUUGCAGCCGUAGGCACUGCUGUCAAAGCAAACGAUCAGAGAUCUGCCGAGAAUGGCAACUGAAUGACAAUUGCGAGCGGCAUUUAAACGCAGAAGACUUUGCGAGGGAGAUUCCUCAAGAAUUGCUCGUGUCUCUGAAUGUUACUCGCGAGUGUAUCCAUCGCUCAUCGCUAGAUCUUAACGAUAUAUUCGAUGGUCUUGAAAAGUAUCCAUGUAAUAUCGUCGCAGUGAAUAAUUGUCGACUAUUCGAUGAAAAACGUGACUAUUAUUGAAUUGUCGUGACGAUCUUGGAUACAGUUGCUUUUUGCAACUCAAUGGACAUUUUUAAAGGAGAAUAGGCGUGAUCGGCAAAAUGCUAUUUACUUUAGGAAUGUAAGCGUAAGUCCUCUGAGCUUACGACGGAAUGUUUGAUUGUGAAUAGUUAGGUGUAUUGGCAGCUAACUGCGCGAUUGUCUGUUUUACGCCAAAAUGCAAAAUUGAUAAUUGAUAAUUGAUCGACGAAUUGACAGGGCAGAAUGAUGUAUUGUGCCGUUACAUUGUCACGUCGAUUAUGAAUUAUAUCAUCGGUAUGGAACGGUAAACGGAUCGUUGCCGAUGCGCGUAUAUGAUUAAGGGACGCGAUACGCUUGAGAGACGCGAUAAGCGAUAGCUGCUUAAACACUGACACAGGUAUUAUAUGUUACGUAUCUUAGAGAAGAAGUCAUGCAGCGAGGGGAACGGAAGACAGUUUCACGAGCAAGCCAAAAACCUCGCGAAGAAGGCUCGAGUUGCGCGAAUAUACCUUUUUUUAUACAUAUACAAUUAUACUUUUUAUUUGAUAUACUGCCUUUGGCGUCUAACACUUACGAUUACUGAAUCGCGAUCAAGAAGUUUUGUAAACGAUCAAAUCUAUCUUGAUUGAGGCCUUUUCUAUGCGUUUUUGACUUCCCGACAAUACGACUUGACAACAGGCCCAUUUUUUGCGGUCAAAUAAAUGUGUCUUUUAGAUGGUCUGUCGGGAAUGUCAUCUCGGGCGGAUUGAAAUGACGGCACGAUUUAUCGUUACGUUAUUGAUUGUAUCGGUUGAAUUAAACCGAUUAAAAGCAUGGUCGAACGUUUCGUUUUUUCGAGAGGACCAUAUUGAGAGGUAAAGGCUGCAAUGAACUCUUACCUGCAUGAACUUCUACUUAAGAGAAAGGGAAGCACCCACACGACGCGUAAAGGAAUAACGCUUCUCGCGGAUAGAGCGUAUCAAGACGGAUUUGUGUGAGACUGUUUAAAUAUUCCCAAGCAACACAUACAGAUCCAUUAAGACGUCUGAGAAGUGAUUAGGCACGUCUGAGAUAUAGUAAACGUCUUGUUUUCCGCGUUAAUGGGAUAAGUGCGAGAGAGGCUUGUAAUAAAACAUUAAUUUAAGGAUCUGUUGGAAGGAACAAGUUUUUCGUUUCUAUCUGACAAAUAUUUGAACGGCGAUCUCCGAUAUUUCAGGCUACAAAACGUACAUUCUCUCCUCUUAACUGGCAUUGUCGAAGUGCUAUCGCACAGCGAUAUAAUAAAGCUACGCUCUUUUUCACCGUAAUUUUGUUUAUGCUGCACGAUCUGCGUUGUGAUCGAUAAGUUUAGUUUCAUAUACAAGAAGAGUUAACGAUGUCACAGAUAAUGAACAAGAUAAGAAUUGCAGAUAAGAAUCCGAUCACAUCGCCAGUUUAUUUAAGUACAUAGUAAUAAUGAUGGAAUCAUUGUGCGACGGGAUCAAUGAAAAAAAUUAAAUAAAAAUUCUUCUAGUAGAAUAAAAACGCCAAAUUUUCGGUAUAAAAGAUCAAAUUGUAUUUUACCACCUCGAAGAUGUAUAAAUUUAUCUCUGAUCUUUUGCCUGAAGAUCGAACGAAGACUUGAGAUUGGAUUGCCCGAUUGGAUUGAUAGUCUAAUACUCAAUUAAUCCUAGAAUCGUGGUCCUUUUCUAUUAUAACUAUGCUUAUCAAAGAUAGGCACGGCGAUUAAAUCAAAUUAAUCCAGAUUAAUCCGUUAAUCAUCGAUUCACCGUGACUUUGAUCAUGCAACGAAAUACAUAAUAUUGUACAGACAGGAUUCUGGUAAGAAUUAUUUUGUAAGAUAGAAUUGUAAUAAAAAGUAGAUAAAGACGAAGGAUAGAUAAUGUUACGGUGGAAAAAGGAGGUGCACGCAAUUGGAUCGUAAACGCCAGUUGAUGAGAGAUAAUCUGCCGGAUGACAUAAGGGAACU